GGAGGGCAUGGGUCCUAGGACCUUCCUUCUGCCUGCCCCUUAGGUCCGAGUGGUCUCGGGUUCUGGCUUUGGGGGGGGGGGCAUACCUUUUGAUCCAGGUCCAGGUCCAGGAGGAGGACUCCUGGGGUCUAUGGUGUUGAUCAUUUUGAAUUUCAGUGUCCUAGGAGCAUUCGGUUUGAGAUCGGUAAGGAAGGGUUUCAGGAGAUCUGAACUUUAGCUUUCUCUAAGCCGCCAUCUUGACCGGAAGCCUGUUCUUUCCAUUUCAUCAUGAUGCUUUUCUUAUUUUAAUUCUUUGAAGAAUUUAGUAUUUGAUAAACCCAAAGAUUCCAGCUUUUGGUAUAAGAAUUCACUAUUUGACAAAAAGCACUGUUCAAACUGGAAAACAGCAUGGCAGAAACUAGGUAUAGACCAAUAUCUUACACCCCAUACCAAGAUAAGGUCAAAAUGGGCAUAUGAUUUAGACAUAAAGGGUGAUACUGUAAGUAAAUUAGGUGAGCAUAAAAUAAUUUACCUUUCAGAUCUAUAGAGAAGGGAAGAAUUUAUGACCAAAGAAGAGGUAGAGAACAUUAUAAGAUGUAAAAAGAAUAAUUUUUACUACGUUAAAUUUUUUAAAAUUUUGUACAAAUAAAACCAAUGUAACCAAGAUUAGAAGGGAAACAAUAAACUGUAGGAAAAUUGUAUAACAUAUUUCUCUGAUAAAGGUCUGAUUUCUUGAUAGGCGACGCGGCGGCCGCGGCGGCGCACACCCCGCACCACCACCCCGAGCUGUCUUGGGAACCCGUUACUCUUCUUCCCGCCCCGCCAACCCAUUCCCUUCUGAGGUCCCCAGGGUCUCUCUCCUCCUCUUCCCCAGCCCAACGUGCUGGGGCGGGGGUCUGUGAUCAUGGCCUCCCUUUUCAAGAAGAAGACAGUAGAUGAUGUAAUAAAGGAGCAGAAUUGAGAGUUACGAGGUACACAGAGGGCUAUAAUGAGAGAUCGAGCAGCAUUAGAAAAACAGGAAAAACAGCUGGAAUUAGAAAUUAAGAAAAUGGCCAAGAUUGGUAACAAAGAAGCCUGCAGAGUUUUGGCUAAACAGCUUGUGCAACUGAGGAAACAGAAAACUAGAAUUUUUGCUGUAAGUUCAAAAGUCACUUCUAUGUCUACCCAGACUAAAGUCAUGAACUCUCAGAUGAAGAUGGCUGGAGCCAUGUCAACUACUGCCAAAACAAUGCAGGCAGUUAACAAGAAGAUGGAUCCACAAAAGACAUUGCAAACAAUGCAAAAUUUCCAGAAGGAAAACAUGAAAAUGGAAAUGACUGAAGAAAUGAUCAAUGAUACACUGGAUGACAUCUUUGAUGGAUCUGAUGAUGAAGAAGAAAGCCAGGAUAUUGUGAACCAGGUGCUUGAUGAAACUGGAAUUGAAAUCUCUGGAAAGAUGGCCAAAGCACCAUCAGCCGCCCGAGGCUUACCAUCUGCAUCCACAUCAAAAGCAUCGGCAAUCUCUGAUGAAGAGAUUGAACGGCAACUUAAAGCGUUGGGCGUAGAUUAGUUGAAAUGUAUUUAUGAUAUGUGUUAAUGAUUUACAAUCAGUAUAAAACUGGCACAGUGUAGAUUUUUUUUACAAAAUUUAUUUAUUUUUCAGACAAGGCAGUCAAUGAAGUUUCAAUUCCACAUCUUGUUUUAAAUCUUUUUGCCAAAGUAUGAAAAGAAAAAAGUUUGAAUCUUAAUUACCAAAUACUUUGAAAUGAUUAUUCUAAAACUCUUAUUGCAUGGUAUUGUAGUUUAAGAUUCUGUUAAGGUUAGUGCCAGAUCACAUUUGCAUUCUAAAUCCUUUUGCCCCGUGUAGAGAAAAGGCACUAAGCAUCAACAUGAAGAAUUUCAAAAAAUUCAGUUGACAAGAGGCCUGCAUUUGCUGCUUAUAUUUUGAAACUGAUUUUGAACCAUAGCCACAAGAAUUCCAACUAUCAAAAUGAUAUUGAAAAUGGGGUGAAAGUGAAGUCCUCUUUUGAUAAUAACUUUUAAAAACAUUCUUGGCAUCUGCCUUAAAUACUUGCAGUACAAAAAUAUUGUGCAGAUCUUUAAAUCAUUAGUGAGAAACUUGAAUUAUCAAUUUAAAACUAUAAUUAAAAUCUAGUUUGAGAAUUCUCCAGGUGUCAUAUCUGGGAUCUAUGAUUUUACUUGAUUAGUUUGUGAAUGGACCCAAUAUUAAGGAGAGCUGGGUUCUAUACCUAGCUCUAACCGUUGUGUGGCUUUGGAAAAGCCAUUGACCCUUUCAGGACCUCAGUUUCUUCAACUGUAAAAUGAGAGGGUCUCUACAAAACAAUUUGCAAAAGGUCUCUUCGAGCUCUAAAACUUUACAAAAAGCAUUGAAAGGCACUGAUUUUAUUUUACACUAAUAAUGUAACAAUUGGUUAAUCCCUGAAAGAACUAUUGUACCUUUCUCUAUAUGAAAUGUACUCUUAUUGUCCAAAAUCUUAUGAACUGUAUUCAUCCUUAGACUGAAGUUAUUCUACAGAUGCCAUUGUGUCUACUAUUAAGCACUACUACUAAAAGGAUAAUAUUAAACAUUGCAAUUUUAAAGCAAAACUCAUUGAAAUUUUUGUAAAUAAAUUUUUGUCAGAAAAAAAAAA